AUGGCUAAGUUGCGCGCCCCGCGGAAGAAGCCGCUCGUGUUCUCAUCCGACGAGUCUGAUGGACGUGAAUCACUUUCACCGCCUCCCGAGCGCUCCAGGAGGGGUGGCACCCUAACCGCCACCUCUACUGGGCCGCGGGUAACAGACAGGGCCACCCGAUCCCAAGCACAAGCACGUGCAGUCUCUCCCAAACCGUCCAAAGCUGCUACUACCAAAAAGUCUCCAACCAAAAAGGCCCCCGCCAAAUCACCCGCCAAGUCAAAGCCGAUAUACAAGCCCAUUACCUCGUUCUUUAGCAAUGUGCCCCGCUCGCAGUCGACACAGCCUACACCCAGCCCCGAGAAGUAUGCCGCUUCUAUUGAGGACGUAGACGACAUUCUCGAUUCCGACGACGACAAUGUCCGCCCAACCAAGUCUUCGAAUCCUCUCCCCGUACGUAAGAGGCCGAUCGCUGCGACUGCGCCAACCGGCCAUGGCAGCAGCGCAAUAAGUAGGCAGAAGUUUCUACGAACAGCCACCGGAGCCCGUAGCACACCGCCGUUAUCGUCCCAACCGGCGCAGCAGCAGGAAGUAGUGGACAGACGGCCAUGGACUGAAAAGUAUGGCCCAGAAUCGCUCGAUGAGCUCGCUGUACACAAGAGGAAGGUGGCGGAUGUGCGGACAUGGCUUAGCGACGUCUUUAACGGGAAAGCACGCAAGAGAUUGCUGCUUCUCAAAGGCCCUGCUGGCAGUGGCAAAACCACCACCAUAUCUCUACUCUCCAAGGAGUUGGGCAUAGAAAUGCAGGAAUGGAAAAACCCCACUGGCUCCAUGUCGACAUCCGACAGCUUCGUAUCUGUUACUGCACAGUUUGAGGAUUUCGUGGCAAGGACUGGCACCUUUGGUAGCCUGGCCUUUGACGAGCCAGUACCCACGGCUCAAACAGCUUCUCCCAGCAGUCAAGUGGGUAGGCAGAAACAGUUGGUUCUAGUAGAGGAGUUUCCGAAUACAUUUACACGUACUUCUUCGGCCGUCCAGUCUUUUCGCUCUUCCGUCCUGAACUACCUUGCUGCCAACACGCAAUCAGCCACUGCUUUCUUCUCAUCCCAGGUCAAUCCCGAGCAGGCAGUGACUCCAAUUGUUAUGAUCAUUUCAGAGACUCUGUUGUCCACCAAUACAGCAGCAGCUGACAGCUUCACCGCGCAUCGGCUGUUGGGGCCUGAUAUUCUCACCCAUGCUGGGGUUUCUGUCAUUGAGUUCAAUCCAAUCGCACCCACAUAUAUGACGAAGGCCUUGGAUACGAUAAUCGUCAAAGAGGCUCGGAAGUCCGGACGUAAGAAGACGUUGGGCCCGCAGGCCAUCCAGCGUCUUGCGGAGCUUGGAGACAUCCGAAGCGCGGUAUCUUCACUUGAGUUCUUGUGUCUCCGAGGCGAUGACGCCGAGGGCUGGGGCGCAAAUGUCAACUUCUCGAAGAAAAAAGCACUGAAAGACACUCCGAUGACCAAGAUUGAGCGGGAAUCGCUCGAGAUGGUCACACAACGUGAAAGCACUUUGGGCAUUUUUCAUUCGGUGGGACGAGUCGUCUACAACAAGCGACUAACAGAAAACCAUAACGAGCCCAUUGCACACCCACCCAACUGGUUUCCUGAAAAGAGAAGACCGAAGGUUUCGGAAGUCAAUGUUGACACACUCAUCAAUGAGUUGGGGACCGACACCCAGACUUUUGUUGCUGCUUUGCACGAGAACUAUGUUCUGUCAUGCGGGGGUGCAGAUAGCGAGGAGACCAUGGAUUCUAUCGAGGGAUGCAUCGACGCUCUAUCUGACGCUGAUUUACUCUCACCAGACCGGUUUGGCGCCGGAGCUGGUCGCCGAAACCUCCAGGGAACGAGUGCGGACAACUUGCGCCAAGACGAGAUGUGCUUCCAGACGGGCGUGCGUGGACUUUUGUUCAAUCUGCCACACCCCGUGAAGCGUGUCGCACCACCCCCUGGCAUCAUGGGUAUCAAAGCGAAAGGACAAGGGGUGAACACUGGUGCGGCCAAGGGCAAUGCAUUUGUCAUGUACUACCCGGCAUCGCUACGAAUUUGGAAGCAACAAGAAGAGAUUGGAGGCCUUUUGGAUAUGUGGGUGUCACGUGCGCAAAGCAGCGAGCUUUUCUCAACCACUCUACGCGCAGCGAAAGCAACGACUGCAGGCGGAGGUGUGCACAUGUGGAAAAGAAGCGCCCCGACAUCACAGCCGGCAUCGACACAGGAUUCUAAAUAUACCGAGGAUGAUGCAUCGCCUUCGAUUCUCCUAGGAAGUGGCGGCUCAGCUCGCUACGAGAUGCUCCUCGAACGCCUCCCUUAUCUGACCAUCAUCCUACGCAAGUUACGCACAUCAUCAUCUUCUUCCACAGCAGCCACGGUCCGCGAGAUCCAAAAGAUCACAUCUUUCACUGGGAAUGCUCUCCAGGGUGCCGAGGAAGAGGACGAUGGAGAAGACGACGUUGGUCCCGGUGAACAAGAUCAAUGGACCACGGAUAAACCGGGUGUAGAAACACCAAGGAAGAAAAGACGGAUCAAGUUUGAGACAAAAGAGCAGGAGCCUGAAUCGGCGAUAUCCGGUCUAGUUGACAAGGGCGCCAGUCUUGUUUUGAGCGAUGAUGAUAUAGAGGAUUGA